GCCCCCUGGUGGCGCGGCGGAGCCCCCGUCGGGCCGGGCCGGACCGGUCCCGAGAUGGCGGCGUGGCGGCUGUGGGCGGUGCUGGCGGCGCUGCGGGCGGGCUGGUGCCUGCUGCCACAGGCCGGCUACUUGCAUCCCGACGAGUUCUUCCAGUCACCCGAAGUCAUGGCAGGAGAUAUUUUAAACCUACAGGUCUAUUACCCUUGGGAGUUCCAUUCCAGCUCUCCUUGCAGAACAGUUGUUUUCCCACUAAUGACUUCUGGAGUUACCUACUGGGUGGUCAAGUCUUUGCAGCAGCUGGACAUAUGUUCAAGUUGCAUCAACAGCUACACCCUUCUUGUAUCACCUCGUCUUCUCUUUACAAUCUUUUCUUUUGUACUUGACUAUAGCGUGUAUCAAUUAGCUCCAUCCUGGGAAGCAGAUCCAUGGAAAGCGCUGGUACUUCUGGCUGGAUCGUAUGUCACUCUGGUAUUUUACACAAGAACAUUUACCAACACGCUUGAAGGACUUCUCUUUGCUCUUCUCUUGGUAUUGGUUUCCUCCAACAAAUCUGACAGCAGCUCACUAAAGCCUACAAGCAGCCCUCUCAUAGGUAUUGUAACAACUGCUGGGUUUUUCAAUAGGCCAACCUUUUUGGCAUUUGCGCUAAUGCCCCUGCUUUACUGGGCAGGUUUAAAUGUUGACUCCCAAAAGAGCAUUAAAACUAUCAUAAACCCCUUAUUGAAGCUAAUCACCUGUGCAUGUUUUACUGCCGUUGUUUUCAUAACAGCUGACACCUUAUAUUUUACCUCCGUGGGCUUAGACAACUUUUACAGCAUUAAAAAGAGCAGCCUAUUUGAUGUAAUAGCUCAAUUGAAUCACAAAAUGGUAGUAACUCCUUUAAAUUUUCUCAGCUAUAAUCUCAAUCCUCAUAAUCUUGCGCAGCAUGGAAGUCACCCACGAGUUACACAUUUUACAGUCAAUGGAAUAAUGCUCUUUGGGAUCUUACAUAUUCUGGCCAUUGGUGCCGGUUUUAAAAUGCUAAAGAAAUACAUCUAUCAAUUAAUGCGGGUCAAAUCAUACUACCGUGGGUCACCUAGGGUAUUUGUGCAUUCUGAGGGCAAUCCAAAAUUACUGCUGUUUUAUUUUGUUCCUUUGGCAUUCCUCUCCCUGUUCAGUCACCAAGAACCUCGUUUUCUCAUUCCUCUCAUCUUGCCAUUAGUCCUGUUCAACACAUCACAGAACAGAGCUAUGAAGUGGAAACCUGUCAUUAUUAUUUUCAAUGUCCUUGGGGCUUUGGUGUUUGGGUGGCUACACCAGGGGGGACUGAUACCAUGUUUGUUUCACCUGGAACAUCUCAUGCAUUCUCCAGGGUCCUCAAACCAUACAAGACACUAUACUCUACUCUUUGCUCACACCUACAUGCCUCCGAGGUCUCUGCUUAAUAUCAAAAAAAGGGACACAAAUAUAGAAGUAAUCGAUAUGGCUGGAUCUGAAGAAGAAACCCUCUGCCAAACAGUAGGGCAGCAAGCAAAGAAUUUUACCUGCAAUGACUGCCAUUUUUUUGUUAUAAUCCCUGGAACAGUCAGAGCCACAAUUACAAAGUGUGGUGUCUUGCUCAAGAACGAGACUUUGAUCUUUCCACACUUAUCAAUGGAAGACCCACCACAAAUAUCCUUCCUCUUCAGUGAAAAUUGGAGAAGUCAGCUAGGUCUAUACAUCCUUCAGCUAGGCAGAGAUCAUCAGAGCCCUUAGAUGUUAGAACAAUGUGAUAGCUUUUCACUGCACUUUGACUCUGUGCUGUCAGACCCCCCUUGUCACAGUCCCAUGCUCAGUAUGGGCAGUGUCCAUGAGCUCCCUGAUUCUCUUCAUUCCCUUUCUUCAUGUUUGUACACUCCUCAGGAUAGCCAGCUCUUGCUAGAUGCAAGUCAUUCAGUCCCUGUGGUGUUUCUUAAGAACUUGUGUAAUUUUCCUGAUGAGAGAGGGUGAACUUAGAGUCCACAAAAACUGUGAUUCAAGCUUAGCUCUUUUCACAUGAGAUAUACUUUAAAAGUUCUUACAGACUUGAAUAGAGGGCUUGUGGACUGUGUUACUGAUAACAGACAUUAACACUGCUGCUGCCGGAGAGAGGUUACUGGACUAGACAGAACCUCCUCACUCAUUAGACCAGACUGCAGUCACAAUAUAGGCAUUAGCAUCAUGCUAUUAUUGUCUGAGAUGCUCUUAGGUGGUUCUGUCUUGAAAAAUCCCUAGUAUUGAUCUAACAGAAUCUGAUUUAGAACUCGGAAGAUACUUCAGUAUAGGCAAUUAUGCUAAAUCCUAAAAUCCAAGCAUUGUUUUUGCCAGUUUCACUCCUGUAGAAAUUCUGCACAAAUAUUACAUACAUCAAUGCGAGGUCACUGGUUGAUGUGACUAAGCCUAUCUGCUGCUUAGCUCCUGAAAUGGGGCAGGUCCUUUUUGCAUUCCAGGUGAGUGUCACAGCUUUCAUUGCUCUCAGGUGGCUCUGUGCCCGGCAAUGCUUGAUUCAAGGAGCUGUGCAGACAGAAAACUGGCACCUUGGAGGGGCCCAAUUCCUUUUAUGUAUUUGACCAGACAGAUCUCUGAACUGGUUGAUGGCAAGGUUAGAGGGGCACCAGUUCUGUUGCCAGGGUGCGUGCAGGUUACCAGGGAGGAGUCACAUUCACUAUGCCCCCUCACCUUUCAGGAUCAGCUCCCAGCUUAAUCGGAAUGAUGGAUCACAGCCCUGGUGCCCUAGUUGAGACCAGUUUCAUUUUAAAGUAGGAUACUGCAGCAUGACUAAACAUUUUAUUUCAGAACAUUUAGAACUUCAAAUGCAGAAACAUCCUGACCUGGAGGGAGGUACUAGUUCAGUACAUUUGUAACACCCCUCUCUAUGAACUGAAUCUGACACUAAUUCUUUCUGCUUAUAAUGGCAGUAAAGCUUUUUGCAGUUCUUCAUCCAUACAACUUUACAUAAGACCUUAUUUGCCAGUUUUUCAACAGAGACAAGAAUGGUUGAUACCAGAGUCUAAAGGGAGGCUAAGAAAAAUCCACAUGAAGGAUUUGCCUCUUAUCUUCCAAAUUAAAUAUUCAGUCUAGAUUUUUAAGGAACAUCUCUCUCAUAAAGCGUAUUGUGUUAAAAGCCUCCCCUACGUGUUCACUGUAAGAUCCUUUAUCCCUCAUUACUGACAGGCCUGCAUAAUGAAGGUGUGUGUUUUUUGGUGAGGUAGGGGUUGCAUGUGUGUUUGUACUGAUGUCUCAUCCAGUAGUGAAGUUACAAAAGCAUCAUGACACUUACCAGCUGUAUUUUCCAAGUUCAAUUCCUCUUUGCUCUUUUACACUGGGACAACAGUAUUGUGCCACAGCUUGUAUUCCACAUCCCAUUUACUGUUUUGAGCUGUUUUUAAACAGCUUUCUUUAAAAGUUGAAAAUUAUUUUGAAAUUUACAAUCUCUGGCUGUAUAAGCAGGGUAGAUCUUGAAACUGUUCAGAGUUGAUGAAGCACCAAUUCCAUAACCUGACACUUCCACUGCUACACAGGUAACCUGAGAUGGAGCCAGAAGAGACUCUGGGCUACAAACACUAAUUCAGAAUGACAUUACACUGCUUUUGUCUCACCUGCUACUUUUAUCACUUAUACUACAGAUUCAGGUUUUCCAUCCUUGCACUCCUAAGUCUUUGUUGGCAGGAAGUUUAAUUUUACCAGCAGUGCAGGAAACUGUGCAUCUCAUCUGGUUUGCAAGGUUCUUUCACCUGGAGCAAGACUGGAAACCUCCCUCCCAAGUUAACUAAGCAUCUAGGCAGCUGUACAUAGUAAAACACAGUAUGGGAUGGCAAUUUUAGUCUCAUGGACAGUGUUAGAAACAGCGAUGAGAGUAAAGCAGCCCUGUGUGUUACGUAAGAGAAUUUAUUUUUCUCAUUUAUUUUUCUCUAUUUAUAGUUAGGAUAGCAGUAUUUGGCUUUUUUUUUUUUUUUUUUCCCCUAAACCCUUUUUGCUACCAUUGUCUUAAGGUGUGCUUUUCGGAAAGCUACCAAACUCCUGCACCCACCUGUAAAGCAGGGCAUUAUCCUAUCCAUCACCACCAUCCUCAUCAUCAAGCACUCUCGGAGCUUUUUGUAUUUUAGUUGCCAUACAAAUGUAGAACAUUACUGUUGUACAGACAGGAAUUGUUAACGGAAUUCCGGUGCGAAAUAUGGCUUUAUUUCAAGUUUCUUAAUCAAGCACUUAAAGUGGCAAUGCUGACAGUAUCUUGGUUGAUGUUUAACGCUGAGUCCGUCCUCUGCGUGUUGCCGAGUCCUGUGGAGAGUGCGGGCCGGCGCUGAAGUCCAUGGCAGCAGCUUCGCCUCGUCACGCUCCUCCUGUCCGGCGGUGGCGGUCCUCUCCUCCUCCUCCUUCUCCUC